ACCGUGCCCAGCGCACCCGGCCGGGCCCCACAGCCCAACGCUCCCACGACCCCUCCCUCGAACCUUCCGUCGUCCACCCCCGCCUUACCCUCCCUUCUCGCCCCCAAAAGUCGUCGCUAAGUCCUCUCUUACCACACCGAUACCGCCCAAAACAAGAAGCGCCGAUAGAACGAUCCAUCGACCCCGGAAAAAAAAAAUGCAAGCGAUGGAAGGUGGCCAGCCCGGCUCCACCGGUGGCGGCAGCGGAGGAGGAGGAAGCGGCGGCGGCCCUGCUCCUUUCCUGCUGAAAACCUACGACAUGGUGGACGACUCCGCCACCGACGACAUCGUCUCCUGGAGCCCCACCCAGGCCAGUUUCAUCGUCUGGAAUCCCCCCGACUUCGCUGCCCACCUCCUCCCCGCCUACUUCAAGCACAACAACUUCUCCAGCUUCAUCCGCCAGCUCAAUACCUACGGUUUUCGGAAGAUCGAUCCAGAGAGAUGGGAGUUCGCGAACGAGGAAUUCGUCAAGGGGCAGAAGCAUUUGCUCAAGAACAUCCACCGCCGCAAGCCCAUCCACAGCCACAGUCACCCGCCGGGCUCAUUCGCCUACUCCGAGCGGGCGGCGCUGGAGGAGGAGAUCGAGAGGAUCACGCGGGAGAAGGCCGCCCUCCAGGCCGACCUGUGGCGGUUCAGGCAGCAACAGUCCGGGACAAAGAUCCAGCUCGACGACCUCGAGCGGCGGCUGGCCGAGAUGGGGCAGCGGCAGCUCAAGAUGAUUGCUUUCUUGCAGAGGGCCUUGGAGAACCCCCGGUUCGUGGAGAAUCUUCUGAAGAUGGCAGUGGCUUCGUCGGUGGAUUUCUCGGCGAUUCAUAAGAAAAGGCGAUUGCCGGGGAUGGAGUAUUGCCAGGAGGCCCCAGAAAAUAGCUUCUAUGAUGAUCAUAGCAGCACUUCGAAGUCCGACAUCGGGCAUGGAUUCCACAUGGAUUUUUGUGAUAAGCUAAAAUUGGAGUUGUGCCCAGCUAUUUCGGUUAAUUUGGUCGCUGUGAGCACUCAGAGCUCCCAUGAAGAUAACGAUAGCCCGCGCAUGAAGCAACCUGAGUGCGGCCCCGUGAGAAUGGAAAACCUUCCUUUGUCACCGCAGCCGCUAGAUCUUUCGGAUACAGGGGCAUCUAUAUGUCCGACAAAGAAUUUGUUGCUUCCAAGAGCAGUUGAUGAGGGGGAUGGGAACUUUUCAUGCCAUUUGAAUCUCACUCUUGCUUCAUCUUCUAUGCAAAUAGACAGUAAUCAGUAUUCAAGCAGAACUUCAAACUCAGUCGAUCAUGAUGUCGCCAAUGCUGCCAAUUCCAGCGAGUUAGGAGCAGCCAACAUACAUAAGGACGACAAUCUUGGUAAAGCUGUUGGGAAUAUCCAAAGUACUUCCGCCGAUGCAAAAGCUACCUCUCUGCAAGAGGUCGCUCCAAGUAGUAAUCAAGAACCUGCAUCUCAUGAACAAAGAGCAAAUGAUGUGUUCUGGGAGCAAUUCCUAACCGAAAGGCCAGGUUCUUCAGACACUGAAGAGGCGAGCUCGAGUUUGAGGGCAAAUCCUGGUGAUGAGCAACAGGAAGAGAGGAAGCAAGCCAAUGAGGACAUAUGGAGAAACAGAAAAGAUAUGGAGCAGCUUACUCUCUGAGUUGCUCAUACAACAGUCUCGUCUUUGGUUUGGUUCCAUGAGAUACAUGUAAGAUUUCACAACCAAUAACCUUGUACAAUCUACAGUUAUGGUAUGAAUGUUUCAUCUAAUAUAAGCUAAUCAUGAUCCAGUGUCCUAUACAUGUAUACAUAAAUCUGAUGGUGGAUUAAUGCUCGAGGAGUUGGUCUUUUACUUCAAAUCAACAAAAAUAGUUAUGUGCUGAUAGAUGCUGCUAUUCAUCUCAAAACAUUUUUAGUAUAUAUUUAUUAGAAAAUUGAGAAAGGACAUUAUGUCUAGCUAAGGACUAAAGUGACUUAUUCAAUUAUUUGAGUGAUUGGCCAAUGGAUUUGUUUUACAUAAUUUGUAAAUAUUUGCUGUGAACCUUCUUUCUA